CAAGCUCUGUUCCUUUCUACGAAACGUUCAUUUAGUUUAAGAACAUCCCAAAGAAAUUUCAUUUAAUUGACGUAAAAGGAUACUGGGUCACAUGACUUAUUCUCUAUAAGACUGAAAACUGCCAUUCGUGUCCAAAGAGGGAGAACCGCACUAAACCAUGGAGAAAGUACCGCCAUUUUCUACUUCAAUCAUAGCUGGUGGGGCUGCCGGUCUUACUGUUGAUCUGUCACUUUUCCCUCUAGACACAAUAAAAACCAGGUUGCAAAGUCAGCAAGGGUUUUGGAAAUCGGGAGGAUUUAAAAACGUUUAUCGAGGCAUUGUUCCAGCAGCCGCCGGUUCAGUACCUUGUGCUUCCCUUUUUUUCUGCACCUACAAUACUUGUAAAAACAACUUAGGAUGUUUAGUUGGAAAAGACUUCAAACCAAUUGUUCACCUAUUAAGCGCAUCAGCAGGAGAAGUGGUUGCAUGUUCCGUCCGAGUGCCUGUAGAAAUUGUAAAGCAAAGAUUACAAGCAACUGCCACAAAAAAAUCUGCUGCCCAACUCACCAUAAAACUGUGGCAGGAUGAAGGGAUACUAGGAUUUUAUCGAGGACUAGGCAGUACAAUAUUGAGAGAGGUUCCGUUCUCCUGCCUCCAGUUCCCUCUCUGGGAAAUACUGAAGACUAAAUGGCAAGAAAGGAGCGGGAGGCCAACAGCACCAUGGGAGGGUGCUGUAUGCGGAGCAAUCGCAGGUGGCUUUUCUGCUGCACUUACUACCCCAUUGGAUGUGGCAAAGACACGCAUAAUGCUUUUCACCAAGUCCCCUGACAUUCCUCGACUGUCGUCUAAUAAAAUCCCAACAGUAGCAGAAACACUGGGAAUAAUCUACAGAGGAGAAGGAAUCCGAGGGUUGUUUGCUGGUGUAACACCAAGAGUAACCUGGAUCACUAUUGGAGGAGUAGUUUUCUUUGGUGUGUAUGAAUACACAGUUGAUGCUUUGAGCUGAAGAAAAUUGACAAAAUAUCGGAACACACAACUGUUUUCAGUACACUUAUAGUGAUUGUUUUAAUUAAAAAUUCAUUAAUUUUGAAAA